AUGGCCAGGCCGUUUCUCAUUGUGCCGCUCUACAUGUACCCUCUCGAGACAGCAUGGGAUCCUCUCUUCCGAGCCGCGCGAGCCCACCCCGAGGUCAAGUUCGUCGCCAUUGUCAACCCCAGCAGCGGACCAGGCCCGGACUCUCUCCCGGACGCGAGCUACCUGGCCGCGCUAGAAACAAUGCACGCCAUCCCCAACAUAUGCGCCGUUGGCUACGUCUACUGCAGCUACGGCAAGCGUCCUGCGGCCGACGUGCGUGGCGACAUUGUCAAGUACUGUUGGUGGAAUCAGCACGACAAAAUCUCCCUCGGCGGCAUCUUUUUCGACGAGACGCCCUCCGAGCUGGCCUACCUGACGCACAUGGCCAGUCUUGCUCACCAUGCCAAGAGGACGUGGCGUCAAGAAACCGGCAGAGACGGGCUGGUCGUCUACAACCCGGGGGUGCUUGUUCCUCGUCCCUUCUUUGUGCACCCGGACCACGUCGUCGUCUUUGAGCAGUCCCAUCAUCAUUGGGACGAAAACUUUGCCGCCCAGCGUCUGCGGCAUGCCGCCGACGAGGUCCGCUCCAAGACGGCGGCCGUGAUCCACUCCAGCCAGGUCCAGGGCGCCCAGGUGGGGGAUUUGACGAGGUCUAUGCUGACACACGGCUUGACGGGCAUCUACGUGACCGACGAGAAGGACGGUGGCUACACGCAAUGGCCGUCGGUGUGGACCGAACUAGCCGCCGCUGUCGCCGCCGAGUGCUCGGCAAGUUGA